GUGAAGUUACCUCUGUUCUGGCGGAGCACCACUAUUGGUCGGGCACCAGUAUCCAUCAUGACUGGGGCUGCCAAAGUCCUCGAAUGAAGAGGGACAUCGGCUUGAGCCUACGAUUGGGCCCGGGGAUAUGUCAGUCAAGAUGGGCGGGUGCAAUCUCAAGCCAUGGCACAAUACUGGUAGAGAUAGGCGGCCAGCGUACCGGCGGAAGCGCUGAAGGAGAGCCGGUUUCUCUUGAUUGGGCCAUGAGGGAGGCAGUGCCGCCCUCCGACUCCGGAUUGGCUGGACGUGAGCCGAGCCCCCCUCACGCCGGCAGCCUUCUGUAGGAGAAGCGGGCCCGGCUCGCCUGUGCCAGCCGGGCCAGCCAGUGCGGUUAUAGGCGGCUCACCGGGUCCCUAACCGGAGCGACGUAAAUCUGGGAGGGGCGCGCGUCAUCUCAACGGUGAGGGGACACCAGUAGGCGGCGGGAGAGAGGGCUGCGGCGCGGCGGAGAGCGAAUAAGGCGCCUCAACCGGAAGCGUCUUGGGAGCGACGUCGCUCCCGGAAGCGUGGCAAGACGGACUCCGCACCCGGAAGUGUGAUGCUACCGCGGCUUGAGAAGUGAUGGUACCCGGCCAAUUGAGAUACGGGGUUAAAACAGGGAUGUGCAGAUGGAGGCUGGAGGUGACACUACUGCCCCACCCCCUGGGGACGUGGAGGACUUGGAGGACACUCGGUUUCCCAGUGAGGUGGCAGGAGACGGUGGAGGGCUUCGCGAAGACCCACCGGAUCCUGGAGACGGGGACCAGGAGGAAACAGAAUCCGAGACAAAGGACCAGCCACCCAGCCUGCUGUCACCACUGCCCCAGUCAGGGGCCCCAUCAUGCACCUGUGGGCUCUGGGAUCCCGCAGUCUCUGAGAAUAGUCCCACAGGUGGCCCUGAGAGUGGCUCUGGGGGCCAGGGUGGGGACCCCAGCGACGAGGACUGGCGCAGCAAGCGGAAGCACGUGUUUGUGCUGAGCGAGGCAGGCAAGCCCAUCUACUCGAGGUACGGCAGUGUGGAGGCACUGUCCACGACCAUGGGUGUGAUGACAGCCCUCGUGUCCUUCGUGCAGAGUGCAGGAGAUGCCAUCCGUGCCAUCUACGCGGAGGACCACAAGCUGGUGUUCCUACAGCAGGGCCCACUGCUGCUGGUGGCCGUGUCAAGGACUCCGCAGUCGGCAGCCCAGUUGCGGGGGGAGCUGCUGGCUGUGCACGCACAGAUAGUGAGCACGCUGACACGUGCAAGCGUGGCCCGCAUCUUCGCGCGCAAGCAGAACUACGACCUCCGCCGCCUGCUGGCCGGUUCAGAGCGCACGCUGGACCGGCUUCUGGACAGUGUGGAACGCGACCCCGGUGCCCUGCUCCUGGGCGCCGUGCGCUGCGUGCCCCUGGCGCGCCCACUGCGGGAAGCACUGGGCGCGCUGCUGCGCCGCUGCACGGCACCCGGCCUGGCGCUGUCCGUGCUGGCGAUCGGAGGGCGACUGGUGACGGCAGCUCAGGAGCGGACCGUGCUGGCCGAGUGCCGCCUGGACCCGGCCGACCUCCAAUUGCUGCUCGACUGGGUGGGGGCGCCGGCCUUUGCGGCAGGAGAGGCAUGGGCGCCUGUGUGCCUGCCCCGCUUCAACCCCGAUGGCUUCUUCUACGCCUACGUGGCUCGCCUGGACGCCAUGCCUGUCUGCCUGCUGUUGCUGGGCACCGACCCUGAGGCCUUCCAUGACAUGGCCACCUGCCGGCGCCUGGUGGAAGAGGGCAUGCACACCCUCGGGGCCACGCGUGCCCUCCGGGAGGCUGCCAGCUUCUCUAGUGCCCCAGCAAGCAGUGCCCCUGCCUACAGCGUGCAGGCUGUGGGGGCACCCGGCCUCCGCCACUUCCUCUAUAAGCCGCUGGAUAUCCCCGACCAUCACCGCCAGCUGCCUCAGUUUACCAGCCCUGAGCUGGAGGCCCCGUACGGCAGGGAAGAGGAACGGCAGCGCCUGUCGGACCUGUACCACCGCCUGCACGCGCGCCUUCACAGCUCCUCCAGACCCCUGCGCCUCAUUUACCACGUGGCCGAGAGGGAGACGCUGCUGGCCUGGGUGACUUCCAAAUUUGAACUCUAUACCUGCCUCAGCCCCCUGGUGACAAAGGCUGGUGCCAUCUUGGUAGUGACCAAACUCCUGCGCUGGGUGAAGAAAGAGGAGGACCGGCUCUUCAUUCGUUACCCACCCAAGUACUCCACACCCCCAGCAGCCCCAGCUGCCUCUACAGACCAGCCUUCCCAUAAUGGCUUGUUCACUGGACCUUGAGAGGCUGCUAGAUUGAGCAGCGCUGGGAACCACCACCUUUAGCUUUUACCUUCUGUCUCCACCCUGGAAAUGGGGCGCAGGAGGGGCAGGGGAGAGGCUGCUUCCCCCCUGCACCUCCACCUCUGGGGCAAAUCCUUAGGCCUCCCUCUGCCUCCCUCUCCCUCUGCCUCACCUCCUCCACCUGGAUGACGUGCCAGCCUCUGUUAGGGGCCGUCUCCUCCCCCACACCCCCUGUCCUGCAUCAAGAGUCGGCCUCCUUGAUGGGCUCUCAGCCCUGAGUGUCCAGGGCUGGCCAGGGUCCCCAAGGGGGGCCCACAGGGGCUCUGGAAUUGGGAAUGCGGUGCCAGCCUAUGGCUGGAGCCAGCCUGGGGAUAUUUUAAAGAAAAAAAAACAAAACUGUACAUAAAAGGCCUAAAACCGGU